UUCUCUCUGUCUGUCUCUCUCUCUUUCGGUCUCACUCUCUCCAGACACUUUGACUCGAGAACUUCUUGAACACAAAUUGAAGCCUCUGAAGAACAACUUUGAAAACACCAAGAACACAACAUAAGCUGAAAAAUUGUUCUCUGGAUUUUCCUUCCAUUUUCUCCUGUGGUGUAUUUUUAGACCCUCGUGUGAUCCAGCUUAACACAAUUGCUGUGUGUCGUUUUUGCUGCCUGAUUUUAACGUUGCCUCCAUCAUCUUUUCACAUUCGACUGGGGCCAAACAAGGUUUGAGGAAGGCGCUGCGUUUGUUUCUAUGGUAACACUGCUUUUCCCCGAGACUUUGAGGGACUGAAGGUUAUCACUGAACAUCCAACAAGUCCAAGCUCUGCACCAAUGAGCAGUCAGUCCAACGGGGGGGCGGUGGUCCCUUCAGCUCGGACCAAUCAGAGGACAUUUUUGGAUGAUGUCAUCUUAACCUUUAGCUCUCCAAUGGCUUGGCUGCUGGUCGUGGCUCUGAUCAUCACGUGGUCGGCUGUAGCCAUCGUUCUGUUUGAUCUGCUUGAUUUUAAGACUCUAGCAGACUACACAUCAUACUGUGACGACCCCGUGUGUUUAUCUCCUGCAAUGUCCAAACCCAGAGAAAGCCACGAUGUACUUCAAGGUCUCCCCCCUCCUUCUGCCAUCGCUAAGAGAGGUUUGAAAGGCAGAGGCGGUGUUCGUCCACUCAGAUCAGGCCCCGCCGGAGUCCCUGCAGGAGUCACAGCUCAGGAGAGCACCGAUUGGUUGGAGUUGAUAUGGACGUUUGCGGCUAGUCUGGUAGCUCCUGAUGAUGAGGAGGAAGGUAUUCAUCAGCUAACUGAAACCCUCACAUCCUUCCAAUCUGAGGAGCUCUAAAAGAGAAGACUCCUAAGAGAGGACAAUAACAGACGAGUGUGAAGAAGCUGGAGCUAGGACGAGGCGGCAAAAAGGGGACGAGUGUGUCUUACACAAGAGGAAGACAGAAAGUAGAAAGCCUGGAAGGGGAGGAUCAGCAUGUAAAAUAUUUCACAGCAAUAAUUCUUUCUGUCUGUCUGUCGUUCACUGGAUGAUUUGAUGAAUUAAAAAGUGC